UUAAUUGUGCGAACAAGUUGUCUGCGGGCAGACGUGCGCAUUUUGCUUUCAUAAAUAGCAAUACGGCAAAAAGAACUUUGCACAUUCCGUUGAGUUUUUAUACCGGCAUUCGAAUUCUUAUUCGUAUUCGCACUCGCACUUCGCAGUUACAAUCACAGGGGCAGCCAUUAAGUGCAGUGCAAUACAGACACAGAUAAUAAAGGGCCACGAUUCCAGAACAACAAUAGAACAAAGUCGAAAUGGACGCACAAGCUCAUGCACAUCAUCACGGUGAAGCCGAUUGAUCAUUCCUUGCACAUGGCACAUGGCAGCAAUAUGGACACGACGACGCUUAAUCCGCCCUUGGUGACGCCUCACGGUGAGGUGGCCAUGGACAUGAGCAUGAAUGACCAUGCCCAUCAUCAUCAUGCCGGCGGCACGGGCACUGGCAUGGAGCACAUGAUGUCUAUGGCGUUCCAUUUUGGUUACAAUGAGACCAUUCUAUUCUCCUGGUGGCAUAUUGAUACGGUGGGAGGUCUCAUUGGUUCCAUGAUAGCCAUCUUCCUGUUGGCACUGCUCUACGAGGGCCUCAAAUACUAUCGCGAGUAUCUGUUCUGGAAGACAUACAAUCUGCUGGAGUAUCGGCCGGUAACGGGACCACAACGUAAUCCAGAGGCGCCACGUCUUCCACCUCCAGCUGCCGCAGCGCCGUCGCCCGUGCAAUAUGUUGGCGAAGUUGUGCACAAACAACCACCCACGAUGCUGUCUAUCAAUCAUCUAUACCAGACACUGCUGCACGUACUACAGGUGACGCUAUCCUUCCUGCUCAUGUUGAUAUUUAUGACAUACAAUGUGUGGCUCUGUCUGAUGGUCGUGCUGGGCGCUGGCAUUGGAUACUUUCUGUUUUGCUGGAAGAAAUCGGUCAUUGUGGAUGUGACGGAGCAUUGUCACUAGCAGCGAACCAGGGCCACAGACAACACAACCAAGGAGCAGCCGAUGUUCCACUCCAGCCAGCUAUGUCUUACAGAUGAAACACCAUGACAGAAGCUUCGAGUCGCAAUCAAGCCGGAGCCGGAACUGGAGCCUCAACCUGAAUCCGAAAGCCUAAUUUAUCCGGUGCUAAACUGAAUACUGCCCAUUAUCUCGAAAUGUCAACACAUACACACACACACACAGGCGUUCUCUCCAUUCGAACACACAAAUUUUUAGGUAUUAACGUAUUUUUUUAUCAGUGCGAAAAGCACACAAUUUUUAUAAAUUACAUAAACUGUGACUUUUUUCAGAAGAAAUUUAAAAACUUUACACAAAACAAAGAAAAGCUGCAGCGCUUUGGGCACACUUUUCUUGCAAGCAGCGUACUUUGAAUUUAAGUUGAAAGUGGAAGAACAUAAUUCAAUAAACUUGUAAAAUUGCCCAGCAAAUACUGUAAAAAUUGUAAAAAAAAAAAAAAAAAAAACGAACA